AUGGCGUCCUUCGUUGACUUGCCGCAUAUAUACAACUUAUCUGUAAACAAGUUUCACAAUUUUCACGAACGCGAGGGCUUACGAAAAUUUGCGUUGCUAAACAACUUUUUAUACACCAAAUUUGAAGCCCUAGAACAAGAGCCUUUUGAAUGGUCGGAGGAGGAAGUCAAAAAGGAUGAAAUGAAUUGGUUUGAUGCUUGCCUGGAUAGCCUUGACGAAGAAGAGAACGGCUACGUCUACAUCAAACUAAUGAACAAGGACGAUGCGAUGGAACUCGAGGGACAAGAUUCCGACAUACAUCUCACCGAAGACAUAAUAAUACCUGAGGAUCUUCUUCACCUACCAUACUUCGUUCCAGACACUGUUCACAUGGCGAUCGACCAAGAAGAGGAAGAAACAUUUGCUGAAACCUACGAAACCGUGGAUACGAAUCCCGAAGGGGUUGAACUGAAAAAAGACGAAGACAUAAACAUGGUCGACUACUCUGACACAUCAUCGGACACCGAGAGAUCCUUUCACCCUUACUGGAAAGACAAUAGUAUAAUAGCUUCAUCUCCUGCGGAUUUUUGCCGUCCGUUCCCUAACUCCAAUGGUAUGCCACGUUUGUUCCAAAGGUAUCGACUGGGUCGGGAUGACUUUAUCAUGAAACCACUUGACUCUCGUGCCGUCUUAGGUCUGUUGGACCACAAGAGAUCGAAAGAUGACCUUGACAUUCUUUGCUCGUUCGCUCCCAGGGACCUAGAUCAAGGUGCCCUGAUGGACGUAAUUAGCAUGUUGGAAUGCCGUGGUGAAAAAAAGAAUGAUGAUUCGAAAAAAAACCCACCCCUGUCGUCGCUAGAAGAUGAUAAGAUAUGGUUCAUUCGUUGA